AAUGAAUGAAAGUCAAAGAAAGUCGAAGCAACAAAUCGUGGCCGUCGGUAAAUUGUUUGGACAACAGAAACAAACAACAACAAUCCAACGACAAACAAAAAUCACACAUUGUUGUCAUCCUUUGGUCUGGUCCUCUCUCUUCUUCUUCCUUCUUCCAAACACAAACCAAACCAAACCAAAACCAACGUCAUACAUAGAUCUCAUCAUUCUAGUCCCAAUCGCAAUCCCUAUACACAAACACCAAUUCAAUCAACAAUAACAACGUUGUUUCUUUCUUCAAUUUUUCAUCUUUUUUCGAAUUUUUAGGGUUUUUGUAAUGGGUCUUGGUAACGACGAGGAAGAGGAUAAUAAUAAUAAGGUUGUAGAUGAAGGAAACAAGUCUUUUGGGUCGGUGUCUUGUUCAAUUUGUCUUGAAGUUGUUACCGAUAAUGGUGAUAGAUCCUUUGCUAAGCUUCUUUGUGGACAUCAAUUUCAUCUUGAUUGCAUUGGUUCCGCAUUCAAUAUAAAAGGAGCAAUGCAAUGUCCUAAUUGUCGGAAGAUUGAGAAAGGUCAAUGGCUUUAUGCUAAUGGUUCCCGGUCAUAUCCAGAAUUCAGCAUGGAUGAUUGGACACAUGAUGAGGACCUAUAUGAUCUUAGCUACUCUGAAAUGUCCUUUGGAGUUCAUUGGUGCCCAUUUGGCAACCUGGCACGGCUUCCAUCAUCUUUUGAGGAAGGCGAAUUUUCAUCGACUGCAUAUCCUGAUAUAAUUGGACAACAUGCUGUAUUUGCUGAACAUACGACGGUAUCAUCUGCUAGUCAUCCUUGCCCGUAUGUUGCUUACUUUGGACCUAUACAUCCAUCCUCCUCCAAUUCAGGUGGAGCUGUAUCAGAAGCGCCCAACUUCAACCAUUGGAACGGCUCAUCUAUGCCUACUGACAUGCCAGCCCCCUACACAUUUCCUGCAGUGGAUCUUCAUUAUCACAGUUGGGAGCACCAUACCCCUCCUUUCUCUACUGCAAGCAGUCGUCUAGUUCCUACUGAUCAGCCCUCAGUGUCACCCGCUAGUCAAAGGCCAGUCAGAGGUGGUUCGGAUGUACCGAGAUCAGGAUCUUUUAUGCCUCCCUUUCUUGUUGGUCACAGUUCUGCCGCGAGAGCAGGCAGCUCAAUUGGUUCCUCCAUGAUCCCUCCUUAUCCCGGUAGCAAUGCUCGAGCCCGUGAUAGAGUCCAGGCACUUCAGGCAUAUUAUCAACCGCAGCAACAUCCUAACUCAACUACAAUGCGGACGCCUGUUUCUUCUGUUCCCCGAAGAGCCAGCAGUCACAGUGGUUCAACUCAACUAGCACCAGUGGCCACAUCACCAGAUCCAAGUGGUGGCUUCUUCCUUAUCCCAUCAAGUUCAUCAGGACGUAAUUUCCAAGAAGAAAACCAUCUACCAAGUCGCUUCCAUGCUUGGGAAAGAGACCACUUGCCUUCAUUGUCGUUGGGCCAAGGUGAUAGAGAUUCAGGCUGGAGACCAUACCACCAAACCGCAAACCGGUCAGACCCAAUUAACAGGUCCGGCAACUUUCGGUUCAGGCAUGGUUCAGAUAGAAUGCCUUCACAAAAUCGGUAAUACAAACUCACUGUGAAGCAAACUCGCAUUACUAUGGAAAAUCAGAACUUAUGUAUGAUUUGAGAAAUGUUACAUAUUGCUUUGGCUCUUUGGCCUUUUGGGUCUGUUAUGUUAUGGUACAUUAUAUAAUCUGGCUGGCCUUGGAACUGAUUUUUCCGGCAGCCAUGUGGCUGUGUGAUGGAAAUUUGCUUCGACUAUUUUGUGUCUCGGAGGGCAUAAAAUAACAUAUGGUAUCUUGUUCGGAAAAUCAGGUUUUUGGAAGAAAUGCUGGAGAGCGUGUGUUUUCAAGUGAUAAAAUCAAUUGAAAUUGAAUGAGAUGCGAUCAAUUGUGGUUGGAUUUGUUGUGAGUGAACUAUUUAUGUUUGAUAAAGACGCUCAUGCAAAUGUUUUGUAUUGCGAAUUCGAGUAAUUUUAACUCUACCACAUUGGCCAGAGUGAUUUGUAAACUGUUGUGCAAGAAUUGAGCUAAGGUAUGGAAUUUUUCGCAUGAAAAGUAUCAUACCUUAAAAUAAUUAUUAUAUUUUAAGGAUGGUUUUAAAAA